AUGCCACCUAAGGAUGACAAGAAGAAGACAGAUGCUGGGAAGUUGGCAAAGGAAGACAAAGACCAAGUAAAUAAGUCUGGUGCCCAGGCCAAAAAGAAGUGGUCCAAAGGCAAAGUCUGGGACAAGCUCAGCAAUCGAGUCCUGUUUGACAAAGCUACAUAUGACAAGCUCUGUAAGGAAGUGCCCAAUUAUAAGCUUAUUACUCCAGCUGUGGUCUCUGAGAGACUGAAGAUUCGUGGUUCCUUGGCCAGGGCAGCCCUUCAGGAGCUAUGUAGUAAAGGACUUACCAAGCUGGUUUCAAAGCAUAGGGCUCAGGGAACUUACACCAGAAACUAA